AUGAUGAUUCCACCCAGACACAGACGCCGCAGACAAGUCCAGAAUUUUGAGUUUCAACCCAGACUCAGUCUCAGACGCAGAUGCUUCUCUGGGCUACAACACCAAGUCCAGUUUCACGGCAUAAACUUCAGCGUCACCGUGACAAAUAGAGCCGCUGAGGUUGAUCAAUGGGUCAACGAGGUCGUCUACAACAACCACCAUGUCCUCCACAGCCUCAUCCUCGGUCUUGACAUCGAGUGGCACCCGUGUCUUGCAGGGGAAGACGACAACCCGGCCGCCACUCUCCAGCUUUGCGUCGGGAAAAGCUGUCUGAUUUUUCAACUUUUGCACAAGGACUACACUCCCCAUUCUCUCCUCGCCUUCCUGGCUAAUCUCCGAUUCACCUUCGUCGGCGUUGGGGUCCGAGAUGACGCCGAGAAACUCCUCCGGGACCACGGGUUGGUGGUGGAAAACGUUGCGGAUUUGCGGUGGGUGGCCGCGGGGGUUUACGACUCAGAGCGGUUUAUGAGGAUGGGGUUGAAGAGAAUGGCGUGGGAAGUUCUGGGAAGGGUGAUGGAGAAGCCAUUAGAAGUGACUCUCAGCGAUUGGGAUGCCAAGACUCUUACCUUUCCGCAAAUUGAAUAUGGUUCGAUUGAUGCAUUUGUUUCUUUAGAAAUUGGUAUCAAUUUGUUCUUACAGAGCAGAUUAAGUAGAGUUGUUUUGUAUUAA